GUUGGAACAUGCAUCUACUAUCCCCGAUUUGAUGUCAGUCAUUUCACGCGCUCGUUGAGGAUCAUCUGUUCAACGCGUUUGGUGUUCGCUACAUGCGAUUAAGUUGGCGAGGACUUGUCAGAUGGCCUAGGAUAUUCCACUUCCGAAUACUGUCCCCGCAGGCGUGGUUAUAUCAGGAGGAGCUUGGAGCCUCUGGCAGUGCAAAUGGUCAUAUCAAAAUUCAACCAUGGGGCCCGCGUCUCAAACGAAGUGUUUCGACUUUGCCUGCGUCAAGAGUGAAUCUCACUUAUCAUGGCGAGGAACGGGAAGUUCGUCCAUGGCCUACUUCCAACCAAGAUUCGAAUCACGAGGAAUGGGAGGCUGUACUGGCAGAUGCAUUCAUCCAUGGCAUCCGAACCAAAGACCAACUCUGCUUCGAAGCGGAUGUUGGGCAUCAGUCAGACAUUGGGUCCCGUCUGAUUGACAAACUCCCAGGACGCCAAAAUAUUGAACUUUGGCACAUCCUAAUAAGAGCUCAAGCUCUUAUGAACGGGCACGAAGGCAUCAAAGCUAUCUGGCGUGCAACCAUGCAUCGUGGAAAAGCUGUGCGCUUCGAUGACAAGGACCCUCGAGUGAAUGCUCUUUGGUUUACCUUCCUUUCCGCCGGAAGCAAUGAUCAACCUUUCCUUUCGAAGCUCUGCAAAAGAGCCAUCGGACACAAAUUUGACCGACCCGCUCUGUUCGCGGAAGUUAUAGGGACGAGUCUAGAAGGUGAUCAACCAGACAAAGCUGCAAAAAUUGCAAGUUGGCUGCUUGAGCCACAGGUCCGGAUAUAUCGAGGACGGGAAGAUCUAUUGAGCGCUUUUUCAGCUGCUUGUCUCUCAAAUGCACCCACUGCUAUGCGAGCAUUUUGCAAUGUCUACGAUCUUCUACCGAAUGCCCAUAUCUAUAGCGAAGUCACUUCCGGUCUCUGGCAGCAUAAUCGCGCUUCCGACGCUUUUAUGAUGCACUCAUACCUGAUUUCGAGGCGAGAUCUACCUGCCAAAUUCGAAGACCUCUUGCCUUUUGUCAAUCAUCUGGCAGCUGAUGACAGGCAGGUCAAUAGCUUUUUAGCCCCUAUGAAUGCUGCUGGUGCAUCCUUCGACGCCCAGGCCCAUCGGGCAUGGUCAAGGGAAAGAAGUAGGGUCAGGGGCUUCUCUGCAGAGUCCCUAAACGUUGUUGCGAGCAAUACCUUAGGUGUCGCUCCAAAGAAGCUGAGCGAUGAGUUCGUGGCUCGAGGCUUUGCAACCCGUUCAUUCUCGUUUGAUUUUGCCGUCAACAGUCUCAGAAUCAUUGGUUUGAUUGAGGUGGGCCCACUCGCCGUUCGACAAAUGGUAAUCACGGCACCAGAUAAUGCUACAUUGCAGGCCAGAUUCAACAGACUGGCAGAACUCGGCAUCGACACUGGAUCUUCGGUGUUUGUCCAAGUCAUCAAGAAAUUGUGUCAUGCUGGCCACUGGGACAUGGUUCAAGCACUUGUUGACAGUGAUAUGCACCACGAAGUUUUCGAGGAUGCAGAACUGCAAGAAAGGCUGCUGACAGAAUACUGUCGCACCGGAGAUUGGAAGCAGAUAAAUCGGACUCUUACAAUUUUGUGCAAGGGAGAACUUGACCAACAAGCCCGACUGCGUUCCGCCACGAUGGUAAUCAAAGCCAUGCUGCUUCUCGGCAACUGGCCCGCCGCUGUCAAUAUCGCCAGGAGCCUGCAGGGACGUGGAAGCGAAAGUAUCACCACAGCGCUGCCGCUGGCUAUUACAAGCAUACUUCGGCUCACAAGAGUGACAGAAUUAACCCGAGCAGAAAGAAUUGAUCAGACUGCACUCCUGAUCGGAAUGCUUCAACAUCUUUUGGCGUCCGGCGUCCACUUUCCAAUCAAGUACUGGCGGGGGCCAUUGAGAGCGCUAGGUCAAUCGGGUCGUAUGAAGGAACUCGAAAGUCUCGUCUACUGGAUAGCAGAGACGUACAGAGCGACUGGGCUGUAUGAACAAGUGCACCACACCAGGCUAUCCUACGGUGAAUCAAACCUGAAUGCCCUAUUCAACGAAACAUUCCAAAAAGCUCUGAUGACGUGGUGUUUUAAAACUCGCAGAGGAAUGCGCGCUGUAUCACCAGAGCAAUGUCUUCGUUGGACGCGCAUACUGAAGAGAUUGCGUGAUACCUAUGGGAUCCAGAUCAGGGAACACUUCAUUCGCUGGACUUUUAUACGUGGCCUGCGGUGGAUUUUUGGCGUCGGAAUGUAUACCAAGCCGGAAGGGUGGAUGCGACGGUACAAAGUCAUCUCGCUCAAGCGGUACUGGAAUAUGUAUGACAGCAUGUGGGACAUGAGGCCUAGCAGGAUCAUCGAUGCGUAUGAUCGCGUAGCUGUAGUGCUUCGUGGUGGGAAGCGGAGAACCAGGCCUCAUGGCAAACGCCAGAGGUUACUGCCUUUCACAGAUGCAGGAAGGGCUCCAACACCGCACGAGAGUAUGCCGGAGGAUAUUGUUAUGUACAGGGACAUGUUCCAUCCCUCAUGGGAGGACUAUAGAAAGUGAAUGGGACCAUGAGCAAGCACAUUUGUGCCAC